GAGGGGAGUAUUUCCCAUGUGUAUCGUAAGCUCUCUUACAUAUUUCAUUCUACUAGCGAGACAACGUGCGGUCACGCUGUGGCGAUUUUCAAUUACUUUUGUAACUACAAUCUCUAAUCAACGGUUUUUUCUCCUUCAUUAGUCAAAGAUGCACAGAUUACCAACCGUAUUGCGAAGUGCAGCCUUGCGCCAAUUACAAACUCGUUCAUAUGCUAAAGAUGUACGUUUUGGUGCAGAAGUUAGAGCACUUAUGUUGCAAGGUGUUGAUAUUUUAGCAGAUGCAGUUGCAGUAACAAUGGGUCCAAAAGGACGUAAUGUUAUCUUAGAACAAAGUUGGGGUAGUCCAAAAAUUACUAAAGAUGGUGUUACAGUUGCUAAAGGAGUUGAAUUAAAAGAUAAAUUUCAGAAUAUUGGAGCAAAAUUAGUACAAGAUGUAGCAAAUAAUACGAAUGAAGAGGCAGGUGAUGGUACAACUACAGCUACAGUUUUGGCAAGAGCCAUUGCUAAAGAAGGUUUUGAAAAAAUAAGUAAAGGUGCCAAUCCUGUAGAAAUAAGAAGAGGUGUUAUGUUAGCUGUUGAUAAAGUUAAAGAUGAAUUAAAAGCCUUAAGUAAGCCAGUAACAACUCCUGAAGAAAUUGCACAAGUAGCAACUAUUUCAGCUAAUGGAGAUAAAGCAAUUGGUAAUCUUAUUUCUGAUGCUAUGAAAAAGGUCGGGAAAGAAGGUGUAAUUACUGUAAAAGAUGGUAAAACGUUACAUGAUGAACUGGAAGUUAUAGAAGGAAUGAAAUUUGAUAGAGGCUACAUAUCUCCUUACUUUAUAAAUUCUAGUAAAGGAGCAAAAGUUGAAUUCCAAGAUGCACUUCUGCUUUUCAGCGAGAAAAAAAUAUCAUCUGUACAAUCUAUAAUUCCUGCAUUGGAAUUAGCAAAUUCUCAACGAAAACCACUUGUUAUUAUAGCAGAAGACAUCGAUGGUGAAGCUUUGUCAACACUUGUAGUUAAUAGAUUAAAAAUUGGCUUACAAGUGGCUGCAGUCAAAGCUCCUGGUUUUGGGGAUAAUAGAAAAGCAACGCUUCAAGAUAUGGCAAUUUUGACUGGAGGAAUUGUAUUUGGUGAUGAUGCAAAUCUUGUUAAAUUAGAGAAUGUACAAUUAUGUGAUUUGGGCGAAGUAGGAGAAGUCGUAAUUACGAAAGACGAUACACUUUUUCUUAAGGGCAAAGGAAAAAAAAGUGAUAUUGAUCAUAGAGCAGACGUAAUUAGAGAUCAGAUUGCAAAUACAACAUCUGACUAUGAAAAAGAAAAAUUACAAGAACGUUUGGCAAGGUUAGCAUCAGGAGUUGCAGUUCUCAGAGUUGGUGGAAGUAGUGAAGUUGAAGUUAAUGAAAAAAAAGAUCGUGUUCAUGAUGCUCUUAAUGCAACUAGAGCAGCUGUUGAAGAAGGAAUUGUUCCUGGAGGUGGUACUGCUCUUUUAAGAUGUAUUCCAGCUCUUCGAAAUUUAAAAGCAUCAAAUAAUGAUCAAGAAACUGGAAUAAAGAUAGUGGCAAAUGCAUUGCGUAUGCCAUGUUUGCAGAUUGCUCAAAAUGCAGGCGUGGAUGCUAGUUUAGUGGUUGCAAAAGUUAGUGAUGGUAAUCUUGGUUAUGAUGCUUUAAAUGAUGAAUAUGUUGACAUGAUCGAAAAAGGUAUUAUUGAUCCAACGAAAGUAGUGCGUACGGCACUUACUGAUGCUGCGGGCGUUGCAUCGCUGCUCACUACUGCUGAAGCGGUGGUUGCUGAAUUGCCUAAAGAAGAACCUCAAAUGCCAAUGGGUGGUGGUGGUAUGGGUGGAAUGGGUGGUAUGGGUGGUAUGGGAGGUAUGGGUAUGUAAUUAAAUAAAAUCCCAUACAAAGACUGAAUUUUACAUCGCAGUUUGAUCGCAAUAUUAAUUACUUUUUUUAUAAAUUGCGAUUGUAAUUGCAAAUACAUAAUAUGAUAUACCGAUCGAAUGUUAAAUGCUUAGGACACUACCGUACUUUAAACUAAAGAAUAAGGUGAAAACAAGUUCUUCACAUACUGUUGUGAUAUUUGUUCUCGAGUCAUUUAUGUUUGUUUCGCAUUCUAAGCAUUAUUGUUUUACUAUAUACAUGCCAUAACAAAAAUUCAUUCCUUUCUGGAAAAAAUACAUAUUUAUAUUGACAGUUUACAUAUUGUUAUACAAAAUGUAACAACAAAUGUGCAAACAAAUAAUAUUAUUGCAUCUAAAAAUAAUAAAAUUUAAUAAGUUUUGAAUUAAUAAUAAAUUAUAAAAAUAUGUUUAAAAAUUUAAUCAACAUGUCUAAAUAAUUUUGAUUCUAAUAUUUAUAGAAAGCUAUUCUUUUUUUUCUAUAAUUAAAAUUGUUAUCAAAUACUCGUAUUCUUUUGCUUAAUCAAAAGGUUAUCAAAUAUUUGUUUGCGAUUAUAAAAGUCUAAUAAUAAUAUUCUUAUAAUAAUUAAAUAAUAAUAUCCUUUGAAAAAUAUU